AUGAAAGAUUCAAACCAGAUGAAGGAAUACUUACAGUUUAUACGUUCAUUUAAAGAGAAUGUCGAUGCGUCCACAGGAAGCUCCUUGAAAGCUUCUGAGAGUCUGAAGGCCAAUGAAGGUUUUAAGAUUUUCUUAUCUCAUUCUUCAAAAAAUUUUUUUGCCCAUCCCCAGAUUGCACCUUUCGAUAUUGAGUUUUCAGUGACACACAAGGAACUUGACUUCUCUCAUUUGCUGGAUCAUUUAAGACGGCUACUUAGAGGUCAAGCCUCUCUAUUUGAUUGGUCUAGAUCUUCUUCCCUGGCGAGGACCUUAUCACCCAGAGUUUUGGAAAGUCAAAUAGAUGCUAAGAAGGAACUGGAGAAAAGUCUGAAGGCCACUUGUGAGGAAUUCAUCAUGUCUGUCACUAAGCUAGUUGUUUGA